AUGCUCGCUCGACGCGCGAAUCCAACGAUCUCGACGCGACCGCUGAGUACGAAGACACCCGGAAAGAGCACCGAUAGCCCCAGCAGCAACCAACCACAAUGUAACAAUACCAACCAUGUAGGACGUCCCGCGCUUGGGCAGAUCAAUGCCAGACACUUACAAGUCGGAGCCAAAGUGUGGGUGGCCGACGCUAAGGUGCUCUGGCGAAUCGGGGAGGUACAGACCAUCGCUGAAGACCGGAAGACAGUGCAGGUUUAUCUCCCUGACGCUGCAGAAGACCAGACGCAGACUCUGCGUAUGGAUCAGCUCUUCACCUUUGACGCAUCGCACAUUGUGGAUCACGCCGAUGUGGCGCUAAUGAACAACAUGCACGAGGCGCCACUGCUCAACGUGCUGCGCCAGCGCUUCGAACGCGACGAGAUCUACACGUUCACAGCUGAUAUUUUGCUCUCUAUUAACCCGUACAAGUCCAUCCCGCUGUUGUACGACGUCGUGGGCUUUAUGAAGAGCCGCGAGGAGGCCGCUACAGCCACUGGAGACGGCGCGAACAGCGACAGCAGUGCUCCGCCACAUUUGUUCUCAAUCGCAGAGAAGGCGUACACUGGCAUGAAAGGGGUUGUUCCUGGGUCUGGAGCUCCACAGUCCAUUGUUAUCAGUGGUGAGAGUGGUGCUGGUAAGACCGAAGCGUCCAAAUACAUCAUGAAAUACCUCGCUACUGCCAGUAAACACGUCGCUAGUUGUAGCACCGGAAAGACGGCAGCAGUUGUACACGAACAGAUCGAGGAAUGCGUGGUGCUGUCCAAUUUGAUACUGGAAUCAUUUGGCAACGCAAAGACUUCACGCAACGACAACUCCAGUCGUUUCGGCAAGUACAUUCAGAUCCAUUACAGCAGUGAAGGACGCAUGGCAGGAGUGUCAAUCCGCCACUUUUUGCUGGAGAAGACACGCCUGGUGCGUCCAGAAGUAAACGAACGCAAUUACCACAUCUUCUACCAGUUACUAGCAGGGCUUGAUAGUUUAAACAACACGUCGAACCCUGCGGAUCGCCCACUGCUGCUACGGAAUGACGUGUGGAACUACACAUACCUCACACGUGGAGAUUGUGUGGAGGUCGAUGGAGUGGACGACGCGACUGAGUUCGAGCAGCUUCGACGCUGUCUAGAGCAGCUCGGAAUGGACACUUCCAGCUUCCAGCGCCCCAUGUUUGAGGUACUAGCAGCCAUUCUACACCUUGGGAACGUCAAUUUCGAGAGCCCGACUCAAGAGGGCAAAGGAGAUGCAUCUCGAGAGGACGAGCCUACUCGAGUGGUGUUCCCUGAAAGCGACACCGGUGUGAACUUGGAGCAUGUAGCCAUGUUACUAGGUGUCGAUGCUGCAGAGUUCGCUAACAAGAUGGUAACGCAGACUACGAUCACAGGUCGUGGGAGUAUCCUGGAGAUCAAACUCACUCCAGAGCAGGCGAAAAAUGCCAUGGAUGCUUUCUGUAAGUAUCUUUACGGAGAGCUUUUCCACCACGUGAUCGCACGUAUCAACGCCUGUGCCAGACAACAGACAUCUUCCGACCAGAAGACGCCAAAAGCUCGUGUUCAAGGCGGAUCUACUACUCCAUCUGUGUCUCCGUUUAUCGGAAUUCUCGAUAUCUUCGGCUUUGAAGUGAUGAAGCGCAACAGCCUUGAACAACUGUGCAUCAACUUUACCAACGAAACUCUACAACAACAAUUCAACAAGCAUGUGUUCGUACUGGAGCAGGAGCGAUACGCUCGCGAAGGGAUCGCCGUAUCUCCCGUUGAAUUCCAGGACAACCAGCGCUGUCUGGAUCUCAUCCAGAAGCCUCCUCUGGGACUGUUACCUCUUCUGGAGGAACAAAUGCUGCUCAAACGCAAAACUACAGACAAACAAUUGCUUACCAUUUACCAUGGAAACCACUUGGAUAAACACCCGAGCUAUGCUAAACCUCGCUUCGAGUGCGACGAGUUCAUCAUCCGACACUACGCAGGAGACGUGACGUACGAUAUCCACGACUUCAUCGCCAAGAACACCGACAAUCUGCACGAUGACUUGCUCGAUCUACUGCGUCGUAGCUCGCAACCGCUUCUUCAAGCCAUGCUCAGUGCUCCAGCUGCUGCUACACUUGGUGGUGCAGCUACUAAGCGAGGAGGGCCGUCAACGCCGAGAGGAGCAAUGCACCAGCGUACACAGAGCGCUUCUCUCACCGGUACAACAACCGUAUCGAGUCGAUUCCGCACUCAACUAGCGGAACUUAUGGAGGUUCUGUGGAGCACCACACCCAGUUAUAUCAAGUGUAUCAAGCCUAACAACUUGAAAUUCCCAGGUGGUUUCAGCUGUGAGCUUGUCCGCGAUCAACUGGUUUACAGCGGCGUGCUUGAGGUUGUACGGAUUCGACAGGAAGGGUUCCCCAUUCGCAAGCAAUUCAGCAUCUUCUACGAGCUCUUCUGGCCGCUAGGAAUCAAAAAGUACGGCGUCGCAGCCACAAGAGGUAACUCCAGUAAAACUCGAGAAGCGUGUGAGGUUAUUGCGCGCGAGUGGCUUAAAGAUAAAGACCUCGAACGUGAAGAACCUUCGGAGGCAGAUAACGACUCACCAGAAGUUGAGAAGGACGAGCCGGAGACACCAACGUUGCGUCCUGUUCGACAGAUCUUCGCUAUGGGAAAGAACGAGGUUUUCCUUCGUUACGGCCAGAUCGAGCGUCUCGAAGGCUCAUUAGCCACACUUCGACAUGAUAGCAUCGUCGUCCUGCAGUCCAAACUGGUUCGUGCUCGUUUGGCAUUUAAGAAGUUCCACUUGCUCCGUGGAGCGACAGUGAAAUGGCAAGCACUUUGGAGAAUGCACAGCCAGCGUGUCAAAUAUCUGCAACAACGACAAUCUGCGCUCAAGAUCCAAGCGCGUUUCCGUGCCUUUCAACUCACCACUUUAUUCAAAAAGAAGAAGCGUGCAGCUACUGUCAUGACUCGAGUAUCUCGCAAGUUCGUCACUCGAUGCAAAUUCCUCCGCUUUGUCAAGUCCACACGUGCAGCUACCGAGAUUCAGCGUCAUAUCCGAGGCUUCCUGCUUCGUACAGCCGCUGAACGCGAGCGGAAGAUGCGUGAACGCGCUACGUUGAGUCUGCAGUCCUGGCAGCGGAUGCACGUGCACCGUCGUCGCUUUCAGAUCCAAAAACGCGCCGCAGUUCGACUUCAAACCAAGUAUCGCUGUCGGACUCAGCGUCGUCGCUUCCUGCGUGAGAGGAAGGCAGCGAUCGUGCUAGCUGCGUUCGUACGUCAAGUUCUACAGCGCAGACGCUUCAAGAAGCUGAAAGCGUGUAUAGUUAAGACCCAAGCUAUGGUGCGGAAGUGGAAGACACGCCGGAUGUUCGUCGCGUUACGCUCUGCUCUCGUGGUGCUCCAGAGCUUACGGCGUCAACGAGCAGCGAGAAAAGUCUUUAUUGCUCGGAAGGCUGCGGUAUUUCGUCUUCAACACGCUAUGGUUGGAUGGACUGCGAGGUGUCGAUACGUUGCGCUGAAGAAAAGUACGUGUAGACUUCAGUAUUUUAUUACGAGUUGGCUGCUUUGUCGACAGUUCAGACGUGCUCGUAGAGCGUCAAGACGCGUUCAAAAAGUGUGGAAAUCGCACCACCGACGUGUACAGUGGGAAGCUGAAGUGGCCAGUGUGUUUGUAAGCCGUCAGUCGAACGCAGCGUCAGAGAGUGGAGGGUUGUCUUGGACGCAGCACACGCGCAUGGAGGACUCGGACCGCAGGAUGACCAAGUUACGUCUCCAACCAGACAUCUUCUUCACGUUGCAGCCUCGUAUGUUUGGCUACAACUCGCUGUUCCAUGAAGCUGCUGCGUGUGGAGAUUUCCACGUGGUCAAGUACAUGCUUGGUGAACGUUCUGCUGAAGAACUGCUUACACUCAAGAACGGACGAGGCCUCACUGCCCUCCAUGAAGCGUGUGCGUACGGCCAACAUGCGAUGGUUAAGUAUCUAGCACUGCAAAUGACUGCGAUCCCAAUCAUCCGAGCUAUUCCAUCGAGCUUUAAAGAGCCCGACGAACCUGAACAAAAUACUACAGAUCCUGCUGAUGAGACCGAUAACCAGCAGGACAAUAGUGAGGCCGAACACACAAUAGAGCGCCGCUCUGAGCGGACUGUUGUCUACAGCGGAUACCUUCGUAAGCGACGCGAGACUUCGCGCUGGAUGCGUCGAUAUGUAGUGCUGAGUGUGACUUCGGACAAGCAAGACCGUCCACAACUGGACUAUUAUCCCAACGACCGCAACGCCACAUUUGCUGGACCGAGUUCACUGCAGAUCGACUUGACUACUGCUCUACUUAAGACUAGUGUGGACUUGCCUUUCGCCUUUGAGCUCCACUCUCCACAACUACUUGGAGGUCGCAACAAAGAAGGCCGGCUGUACUUCGCAGCAUCAGGAGCGAUUGAGAUCCAGUGUUGGCUGGCUCAUCUACGCAAUAUCAUCCCAAGCAGCAUCGAGUCCCGAGUGUUUGCCAUGCACCGAUCAGCCCAAGGCAAUCAUCUCGAGUUCAUAGACUUUAAAGCUCGUCAAGAAGUGUGCAAUCUUCAAAGCUCGUCAUCGAGACUGGAGACGCCUCUGCACUUGGUCGCUGGUUGUAGUAGUCUCGUGAUCUUAGCGGCGAUUGAAGACGAAGGCCCCGAAAACAACAAGAGCAACAGCGAGAUCCAAUUCGACGUUUCUGUCAUCACAGCUAACUCCAAUGCAAAGUCAAAGUCUCUGCUGGAUGCUGAGCUUGAGCUUGUCAAGACGACCCAGUGGCUGAUUGAGAACGGAGCUGACAUCAACGCUAUGACUACACGACAAGAGACUCCACUGCAGUUGGCUCUACAGGCUGGACAUUUGAUACUAGCGAAGCUUCUUCUGGACCGUGGAGCAUUAGCAUCGAGUCUCUCUGAGCCACACUUGAUGCUGGUGCGAUGCUUGAAGGCUGAACUGGCCAAGACUGCCAUCACGAGUAUCUCUUCGUCUGCGUGUGGGUCUGUAGGGAUCCCACACACUACCCAGCCUCCACCUGGACCCAUGAACGGGUUGCUAGCAGCGGGAAACGCGUUCCUGAAGAGACCUAACAAGUUGAUUCGAGGCUUAAGUGCAAGCGAAGAACCGCCCUUACUCUUCCUCUCAAGCAGCCAGGAAAAACUGAAUAACGCGACUUCUAUCGGUGAUCGACGACCGCGUAUCGUCAUCUCGGUGAUGGAUGGACAACGCAACCUGGUCGAGAUGCGGCAACAAGUGUCCGUACAACCGGUAGCUGCGUCGAACGCUCUACUCUGGGGCUUCACGUGGCACAUGCAAACGCCAUUGGAGAACUUGCCACACGGAGCUUGCGUCGUAGUGGAGUUAGCCACUACCAGUGCGUCCGCUGCUCCACCGACUCAUGACGGUGCCACAUCUCCAACACUUGGUGCUAGUGUACUCUCUCCUGAAUGUUGGACGUAUCUUCAAGUUGACCAACGUACAGCCAACAGCGCUCCGAUCACUGCUGAGAUGUACAAGUAUCCGGUCGACUUGUCGUCGCAGCACACGCUGCAUCGCGCCGACGCCUUCCUCUCUGGCGAAAUGUUGAUCUCUCAAGCUCAUACAUAA